AUGUUGAGGCAAUCCGCAUCAUCGACAGACUCCUUCUCCUCCGCAGAUUCCCCCUCCUCACACACCGCAACCUGCGCCUCCCGUGCCUCCCCCUCCUCUUCAGAACGAAAAAAGGGCCUCUCCCUCGACCUCUCUAACCUCCCUCCCCCCAUCCAACCCUCCCCGCCCUCAAACACCCUCCUAAUAACCGAACUCUACGACCUGUCGCUCUUCCAACCCUCCUCCCUCGACGCCAUCAAAGCCCAAAUAUCCCGCAUAACGCCUCUAAACUCCUUCUCCCCGCUUCCCUCCCUCCGUCGCAUCGUCUGCUCCUUCACCUCCAUCCCCGCCGCCAUAAGAAUCCGCCAGCUCCUCGACGGCGAGGCCAUUCUAGGCAAAAAUGUCCGCGCCAGAGUUUACUUUGGAGAGAACACCCCCGUCGAAGAUGCCGAGGAGCGCCGUAAACGCAACCUCCUCGAAGCACCCAAGUCACAGAAGCUGUUCUUCAUCAGUCCCCCACCCAGUCCCCCGCACGGCUGGAUGAUGCGAAAUGAAGGCCCGCCCAAUAAAGAAGUGCACGCCACCGACCUAGCCGAAGCGCUGGGCAGACUCGGGACGAUAACAACAGAUGCCACAGGUUCAGACGGUUUCGACAGUGCAGCAGCAGCAGCAGCAGCAGCAGCAGCAGCAGCAGCGGGAGGCAUUGAUGGUAUGGCGGCACAAGACCCGGACACUCCCAUUUCCAUCUCGUCGGAUGUUUACAUGCACGGAAACGAUCAGGAAGGAUCCAGCGCGGCGGCUAGGCGCGCAUCAUAUCCCCGGGCACCGGGCCUGAGUGGAGAGCGCAGCGGGAGCAGUACGCUCAUCUACGACCCGGAGCACCAUGGCAGCAGCCCCCAUUUACCUGCAGUUAUGGUCGAGGAUACGACGGUUGGCGGCGACGUUUCUGAUAUGGAGAUGGAGAUGGAUAAUGAUAGUCUCGGAUCGGGGAAACGCAUUAUAGCGCACACGGCUCGACCGCCCGUUGAGCUUAUGGAAUGA